UAUCCUUGGCCUCCAGGGAAGCCGAGCGAGAAGGAAGAAGCUGGAAAGAGGACGGAAGGGAAGAGCGAGUGCAGGGCAGGAGUGGAAACAGCGAUGGAUCACACUCGCAGAGCUUGUUGGCUGAUUCUGACCCUGCCGACUCUGAUUUUAUUCUCCCAGUUUUCCAGUUGUAGGAGUGAACCCAGGAAAAGUCCGAUCCCGAAAGAAAAUCUCAUGGUUUUCACUGUUGCCACAAAAGAAACGGACGGAUUCAAGCGUUUCAUUAGAUCUGCAAACUCCUUCAAUUACACAGUUAAGGUCUUGGGUUUGGGGGAGGACUGGACUGGUGGAGAUGUAUCUCAAACUCCAGGAGGAGGGCAGAAAGUUCGCAUUCUGAAGGAAGCCUUGAAACAGUACGCCAACGCAAAGGACCUCGUCAUUCUGUUUGUGGACAGCUACGAUGUGAUAUUUGCUUCAGGACCUGAAGAAUUACUGAAGAAGUUUCAGCAGACAAAGCACAGUUUGGUUUUUGCUGCCGAAGUCUUUAUCUGGCCCAAUCGCCACCUUGAGGUCAAGUAUCCCCAUGUGCACGAUGGUAAACGAUUCCUCAAUUCUGGAGGAUUUAUUGGCUUUGCUCCCAAUGUUUACCAACUUGUGGAACCCUGGAAUCUGCAGGAUAAAGAUGAUGAUCAGCUCUUCUACACGAAAACAUACCUGGAUCCAGAGAAGAGGGCGAGUUUGAAUAUUACCCUCGACCACAGAUGUCGGAUUUUCCAGAAUCUGAAUGGAGCAUUAGAUGAAGUGGUUCUGAAAUUUGAGGAAGCGCAUGUGAGGGCACGAAACCUGGCGUAUGAUUCACUGCCAGUCAUCAUCCAUGGCAAUGGCCCCACAAAGAUGCAGCUCAACUAUUUGGGGAACUAUAUUCCGAAGGUUUGGACCUUUGAAACUGGCUGCACAGAGUGUGAAAAAGACACCAUAAGUUUGCCAGAAAAGGACAGCAAAUUUCCCACUGUUCUCAUUGGGAUCUUCAUUGAGCAGCUGACGCCCUUUGUAGAGGAGUUCUUUGAACGUUUGGUGAAUUUGAAUUUCCCAAAGGAACAUCUCCAAAUCUUCAUCCACAAUACACAAACUGACUAUGAGCGGUAUGUGUGGAAGUUCAUAGAGCAAUACGGGGACAAGUAUCAGAAUGUGAAAGUGAUUGGCCCAGAGGAGGAGCUUGGCAAUGCAGAUGCUCGCAACAUGGGACUUGAUAUGUGCCGUCAGGAUGUGACAUGUGAUUAUUACUUCAGUGUUGAUAUCGAAGUUGUGCUACAGAAUCGUGAUGUCCUGAAGCUCCUUAUUGAACAAAACAGAUCGAUACUGGCUCCACUGGUCAGUCGUCGCAAGAAGCUGUGGUCUAACUUCUGGGGGGCAAUGAGCGUUGAUGGAUAUUAUGCCCGGUCGGAAGAUUAUGUGGAUAUUGUUGAUCGACGGAGAAUAGGUGUGUGGAAUGUCCCAUAUAUCUCCAGUGUCUACCUGAUCCAAGGCACCUUGCUGCGGUCAGACUUGACUGACAGAGAUCUCUACCACAGUAACAAGCUGGACACAGACAUGGCUUUCUGUCACAACAUUAGAGAGCAGGGAAUCUUCAUGUACCUCACCAACAGGCAUGAGUUUGGAUACAUUCUCUCUGUGGCAAACUGUCACACCGGUAACCUCCACAAUGACCUCUGGCAGAUCUCUGAAAACCAAAAGGAUUGGGAGGAAAAGUACAUUCAUCCAAACUGGAGCAAAGCUUUCGAAGAGAAAACCUUCUUACAGCCUUGUCCAGAUGUUUACUGGUUCCCUAUUUUUACUGAACGAGCCUGUGACGACCUUGUUGAGGAGAUGGAACAUUAUGGACAAUGGUCAACUGGAGGCAAUGAGGACACACGUAUUCAGGGUGGAUAUGAAAAUGUGCCAACAAUCGAUAUUCACAUGAAUCAGAUUGGAUAUGAGAAACAAUGGCAGAAGUUUUUAAGAGAAUACAUUGCACCUUUAACAGAAAGGUUCUACCCAGGCUACUACACCAAGGCCAACUCGUUUCUGAACUUUGUAGUGAGAUACAAACCUGAGGAGCAGCCCUCGCUUGAACCCCAUCAUGAUGCCUCAACCUUCACUGUUAACGUAGCUCUAAACAGGGCAGGAGUUGAUUAUGAGGCAUUCUUUGACCUGGCCUUUGUAGUUAGAUAUAAACCUGAUGAACAGCCAUCUUUAAUGCCACAUCAUGAUGCUUCUACUUUUACUGUAAACAUUGCACUCAACAAGGUUGGAGUUGACUAUCAGGGAGGUGGCUGCAGGUUCAUCAGGUAUAACUGUUCCAUUCAAGCACCUCGGAAGGGCUGGGCCCUCAUGCAUCCAGGAAGACUGACUCAUUACCAUGAGGGUCUUCCAACCACCAGCGGAACACGAUAUAUUGCUGUCUCUUUUGUUGACCCUUAAAGUGCUUAGCAUCUGAGUGUAUGCAGUGGAAGCUGUUACAGAUGUCAGUUUGCAACAAACUUAACUUUUCUUCUUUAAGGUAUUACAGCAUGGACAGCUCAUGUCCCUCUCUGUAUAUAAUGGUUAAUAAAUUUUUCUAGGUGCUAAGUUCUAAGGGAUAGUUACAGCAGGUGUAUUUGUCAGUUGUGAAAGUUAAUAUCAGAAUAAUCAAAUCCCAGGCAAAUGACAUGAAACACAGAUACAGAGGUACCACAUCUCAUGGUAACCUGACAGUAUAUGAUCCAGAAAUCCUGGAGGUAUAUGGCUACUCUAUGCCAUUAUAACCAAAGAGUUUGUAAUAGUGGAACCUGGAAGUACAGGUCCAUCCCACCACAUAAUAAUCAGUGAGUUUCUUGGUGGUACUGGAGGUACACAAUUGGCCCAACUCAUAGCAACCAGAAGAUGUUAUCUAGGGAUCCUGGAGGUACAGGCUAUACUUUCCAUAGUAAUGAGCAUGAAUGCUGAAGGUAGACCACUACUCCAUCCCACUUUGUUUUGAGUUGGGAGGAAUGAGUAGUAUUGGAGCUGUCAGACUCUAGCUCUGUACCCGUCCUGGAUUUCAGUCCUCUAUCUACGAUGCUGAACCAAUGCAGUCAGAAUGAGAGGGGAGUGACUACAAUUGGCUUUGACUGUGAGAUCACAGAACAUACAUGUGUGUGGACCAUGGCUUGACAAGUUAGCAUCAGCUGUGAUAUUUCAGUUUUCCUGCUGACACUUGUACUCUGAACAUCCAUGGAGUAGCACCCUGAGAAUAGGGAUAGGAAACAAAAAGAUUUGAUUAUUACGAUUUGCAGGAAGAGAUGGGCAGUGAAUUUGCCUGCACAUUGCACUUACUUCACAAUUAACUGGUAGCUGAGAUUAUUGUUUGACUAAGCUAGUAAUACAGGAAAUCAUGAACUACCUCUUCACACAAAUGAUGCAAGAAUUAAGAAUGCUGCCUUGUAUGGCCAUUGCUGUAGUGUAUAAAAGAAAGAGUUGCCUGUGAAAUGAAGGUUAGAUGUAUGUGGAGAAAGGCCAAGGAAUUAUCUGUUUCUCUUCAUGUAAGUAUAGACUGUCAAGCACCCUGCUAACUAUCCCUCAUUAGAAACUUCUGGUGUUCACUGCCUGUAGACCCUCUGAACUAUUGUUUGAGAAUAUGUCAAGCAUUCUGCAUACACUAUCAAAUAUUGCUCCAUCUUGUUUUUGCUAGCUGAUCUCUAGCCUUGGCUUCACUAUUACAGUCAAAGACUCAUCAACCAUCAUUUUUUUUUACUUUUGUCUUCAAUACCUCCCAUCACAGAAAUCAGUUGUUUUAUCUCAACAGAUGAUGUGUUGAAAAUAUAGUUACAGACUCCCCACCUUGCACUGAACUGCUAACACCAUUAUUCUGCUCUGCUUACAGCUCCAGUAUUCAGAAAGUAAACAUCUAGUCUAACUGAACGUUAUUAGCUCUGCUAGGAAUGCAGUAAACGGGAGUUGGUAAGAAUUAUCACCCCAUUGGGAAACUUACAAACAAAUAGGGGUAGAAGCAGAUUGGAUGGGGAAACCGUGAGGAGAGGAGGUGCUUGGAUGCAUAAAACCUUGUGUGCCAAUAGCAUUAAGAACUUUCUUCCUGACGUCAGUUUUCCUUGUUUCCAUUUAGAAAGUGGAAUAUUCCAACUCAGAUUUUUCAUGGGAUUGACAAAUGUAGGAAAACUAAGUACCAGCCCUGGAAGUUGAAAUCAUGUGUCCUCAGCAGGUUAUACAAAUUGGCCAUCUGUUGAGCCUCGUACACAAAUCACUGCAAUUAUAUAAUCCCCUAAAAUCCGGUCAGAGAUGAAAAGUUCUUUACAGGGAGAUGAACAGAAGGAAAACAGAUGGAAAGGAAAAUUUGAGAAAAUGUGAGGCCCUUCUCCUCAUUCAUAUAUUGUCAAAAUAAA